CUUUGAAUAAGUCAAUUUUUUGAGUAGCUUGGUCAGCCUGUUAUUGCAUUAGUUAUUGUAACAGUCUCUUCCACAGCUGAACUCUCUCUCUGUAAGAAAUGGCCGAUUUCAAAGCUACUCUCUCUCUCCUAAUCUUUUUUGCUGUACUCUCCUUCUUCCCACCAACGCUCUCCUCGCUGCCCGCUCCUCGCCUCUCCCGAUCAUCAAAAUAUGCUCCCCGCUAUCUCGGAAAAUUCCCUCGCUCCAACUAUUCGGCUUCUCCCACUUACCGAUAUGAGACUCGCUACUUCGACCAGAAUCUCGACCAUUUCAGCUUCUCGGAGCUACCCAAAUUCCGCCAGCGCUACCUCAUAAACACCGAGCACUGGGCGGGCCCUGACCACCACGGCCCCAUCUUUUUCUACUGCGGUAAUGAAGGCGACAUCGAGUGGUUUGCCGCCAAUACUGGAUUCGUCUGGGAGAUCGCUCCUCGUUUCCGCGCCAUGAUCGUUUUCCCUGAGCAUCGAUACUAUGGAGAGUCGAUGCCGUAUGGCAGUCGGGAAGAGGCGUAUAGGAAUACGACGACAUUAGCCCAUUUAACUGCUGAGCAAGCGCUUGCUGAUUUUUCUGUUCUCAUCACUGAGCUCAAAAGGAAUUUAUCGGCUCAGGCUUGUCCCGUCGUGCUGUUUGGUGGAUCAUAUGGUGGAAUGUUAGCAUCAUGGAUGCGACUCAAGUAUCCCCACAUUGCCAUUGGAGCUCUUGCUUCUUCAGCGCCCAUUCUUCAGUUUGAGGAUCUUGUGCCUCCGGAAACAUUUUAUGAUAUUGUUUCCAAUGAUUUUAAGCGUGAGAGUGUUAGCUGCUUCAAUACUAUAAAGGACUCUUGGGAUGUAAUAGAAUCCGAGGGACAGAAAACGAAUGGGCUUUCAUUCUUGUCUAAGACUUUUCGAUUUUGCAAGGAACUCAAGAGUGCUGGUGCUCUUUCUGACUGGCUAUAUAGUGCUUAUAGUUAUUUGGCAAUGGCAAAUUACCCAUAUCCAGCUGACUUUCUAAUGCCAAUGCCUGGAAACCCAAUAAAAGAGGUAUGUAGAAGAAUUGAUAACUGUCCGGAUGGGACUAGCAUCUUAGAACGAAUAUUUGAAGGAGUAGGUGUUUAUUACAACUAUACUGGAACUGUUGACUGCUUUGAUUUGGAUGAUGAUCCUCAUGGGAUGGAUGGGUGGAAUUGGCAGGCAUGCACUGAGAUGGUCAUGCCAACGGCUACUAGCAGGAACAGCAUGUUUCCAGAAUCCAAUUACAAUUACACUUAUUAUGAAGAGUGGUGUUUGGAGGAUUAUCAUGUCAAACCCAGGCCUACUUGGAUAACUACUGAAUUUGGUGGGCAUGGAUUUAAGCAUGCCUUGGAAACCUUCGGGAGCAACAUCAUAUUCUCAAAUGGGUUAUUGGAUCCCUGGAGUGGUGGCAGUGUUUUGGAAGAUGUUUCUGAAAGUAUUGUAGCUCUUGUUACGGAAGAAGGAGCCCACCACAUAGAUUUGCGUCCAUCAACGGCCGAAGAUCCCGAUUGGCUAGUGGAGCUAAGGGCAGCUGAAAUCAAGCUGGUUCAGGGCUGGUUAGAUGAAUACUUGGAGAGAAAGAGAGCAGUUUUUGACAUGUGAAAAGCUCUUAGUUUUUACCUUUUCUCUCCUAGCAAUCUCUCUACUCAAAAGCAGUUUGUUUUAUUAGCUAAUAUGCUGUCUCUGUAUAAUUUCACUACUUCCACGAGUUGGAAAAUAUUAGUACAUCAACAACCACCAUUUUCUUAAAAUAAAGUACAAUGGUGAUUAUUCCUACUUUUAA